AUGGCAUUGCAUCGAAAAGCUGCACCUGAAAUUUCACCUGAUGAAUUUCGUUUAAUUGGCCAAUUGCGAGAGCAAUUAAUGCAAAUAAUUCCAAAUGGUAUACCCACCGAUUUGGAUACAAAUUUAAAUUUAGUUCGUUGGAUUCGAGGCUAUCAAAAAAAUAUUGAAAAAAUUCUUCAGAUUUUUCCCGUUUAUGUUGCGUCACGACAUGCAGCUGGUUUCGAUUUACCAGAUUUUGUUGAGAAAUUUUUCGAUUUACCCAAAAUAAAACCAUUCUUGCAAUAUAUUGCAUCGAGUCGAUUAAAUGAUCGUGUUUGGUCCGAUGAACAUAAUGCGUUUCUAUUCGUUGAACGAGGUUGGUCACAGCCAAAAGAGUUUACGAAAGUGUUGCGUUGUAGUGAUUAUUUAUUACAUUGUUUUGGUUAUUCAGAAAUGCUUUUACAGCUUAUUUUAAGACGAGAAAAAGCACAAAAUGGCAAUAAGCCCGUUCAGUUCAUUGUACUUUUUGAUCUUGGUGAAGUUAAUAUCACUGAUAACUUAAAUCCAUUAAGUACUCAUAUGAAAUUUUGGAAUUUACGGUCAGAACUUUGGCAAAAUUGGUAUCCCGAGACCGUACAACGGAUUUUUAUAGUUAAUCCACCAAAAUUUGCGAAUAUAUUAUGGAAGAUUGCAAAGUUAUUUAUGAACGAUCAUAAUAUAGAACUUAUAGAGAUAAUUAGUGAUAAGAAAGAUCUAUUAAAUCAUUUACCAUCAUGGUUUAUACCAAAGGAAUUUGGAGGUGAUUUCAUAAAUACUAUUGCACCUGGUGACGAUAGUGGUGUUAGCCGACGAAGGAAAAUCACAUCAAACGACCACCUUCAAUCGCAUAGUUUAUAUAAAAAGAAGGGCAUUAAACGUUCAGAGACAAAUCAUCAGGAUAUUCGUAGUGGUGCCACAUAUUCUCAUAAAAUUGAUAUCACCACAGGACAAUCAACUAUAUUAUGGGAUUUUUGCGCCAAUGGAGACAUUGAAUUCGCUAUAUAUGCUAUAAAUGGUGAGAAGAAAUUAAUAUAUCCGCGAUAUCGGUUAUUUGCUGGUAAAAUUCCUGAAGAAGGAAUGAUAGAAAAUCUAAGACCGGGUUUAUACGAAUUUGAAUUCCAUAAUAGCAGUAAUUAUUUUGACCUCAAACUUGAUUACUGUAUUUUAAGUUCACCUUAA